UAUAUCUGAUUGUUCAUUUUCCAUAUUCUGUGGUGCGAUUUUUCAUUCAUUCUUUUCCUGUCAAAAUGGCUGCCGCUACAGAGGCGAGACGCGAACCUAUUCAGGCCGUGCAAGUAUUUGGUCGUAAGAAAACUGCCACAGCAGUAGCAUACUGCAAGCGAGGACAUGGAGUUCUCCGAGUGAAUGGCCGUCCUCUAGAGCUUGUGGAGCCCCGACUACUGCAGUACAAACUUCAGGAGCCCAUCCUGUUACUUGGCAAGGAAAAGUUCUCUGGUGUUGACAUCAGAGUGACAGUCAAGGGUGGUGGCCACGUCGCCCAGGUGUACGCAAUCAGACAAGCCAUCUCAAAGGCACUCAUUGCCUUUUAUCAGAAAUAUGUAGACGAGGCGUCAAAGAAGGAGAUCAAAGACAUCCUCGUGCAGUACGACAGGAGUUUGCUGGUGGCCGACCCCCGCCGCUGCGAGCCCAAGAAGUUCGGCGGCCCCGGCGCACGCGCACGAUACCAGAAAUCCUACCGUUAACGCAUCUUCUACUGCGUCCGCUGAUUUUGCAUUGGCAUUUGUUCUGUCAGUGCGAUAUCAUUGGGUGUUUUAAAAUAAACUAAGAAAAGUU